CGAUACUAAACUCUACUUCCGGGUUGUGAAUGUCACUGUUUUUGCGAAGUAGAGAACCACCUAUUUCCUUGUUUUGGCAGAACCAUGAAGUGAUUUCGAUAGAUGUAGAGACAAAUACCAAGUCCCAUGUCUGGCGAAGAUUCACAGGUAAAUGGAGCCCAAAGUGAGAAUGACAACUACAUGAAAUGGACUGAGCCCGACAAAGGUCUGAAAAGGGCCCAGUGGUACUGGGGCGACAUCUCCAGGAUCGAGGCUGGGGAGAAACUGUUUGACACCGCUGAUGGCACUUUCCUAGUGAGAAACUCAACCACUCCUGGGGAAUACACACUUGUCCUCAGGAAAGAUGGCACCAAUAAAUGUAUCAAGAUCCUCCGCCAGGACAACCUGUUUGGUUUCGCGGAGCCGUGCGAGUUCCCCUCCGUGGUGGAGCUGAUAGAUAAAUACCAGACAACAUCACUGAAGAUUCACAACCGCAGCCUCGACAUCAAACUACUGUAUCCAUUCACAAGGUUGGAGCAUUCCUGGCUGACAGAGGAGGACGAGGGGGACAACCUGUACACCAAACUGUCCAAGCUGGUGGAAGUCAAUAAGAAGUACCUGGAGAAACACAAGGCCUACAACAACCACCACGACAACUACGACUUUCUCAGUAUGGAGAUCCAGCGCAGUUACAUGUCCCUCGAAGCGAUGGUCAAGAUGAAGAGCAUGAUGGAGGAUCAGCAGAAGACGUUGCUACAGCACCAAGGCCAGCUCAGUCAGCACGAGAUUCCCAUGUUUGAGAGGAACAUGAAGCUCCAAGAGAACCGCCUGGUGUCACUGAAAGAGAGCUACGACAAGCAGCGGCGGCUGGCAGAGCAGAUGAACACCGACAACAACAGAGCUAUCAAUGACAUGAUCAACCUGAGGCCGGAAGUGAAGAGGCUCGGUAAUCAGCGUGAAGAAAUGAGGAGGAAUGUCCUGAACGAGGGGUUGAGUCAGGACUUCGUGGACGGGCUCCUUGAGGAGGAGAAGGGUGUGUCACUCUGCCAUUACAACCAGGAGAGCUGGUACGUCAACUGUAACCGGCCCGAGGCAGAGGAGCUGCUCGCCAACAAAUCCCAUGGAACCUUUCUUGUACGCCCCAAAUCCGACAAUAACCAGCAUGCACUCUCCGUCAUGUGUCGAGACCACGUCCAACAUUGUAUCAUAUUAUACGUAAAGGGGCGUGGCUUUGGCUUCACUGAAGAUCUCUGUCUGUUUGGAACCCUCAAGGAACUUGUCAUCAAGUAUCGUCGCAUCUCGCUGGCCGAACACAACACUCACGCUGACGUGACGCUCAUCUACCCACUACACUACUACCAGCCUGAACACACUCAUUGAUGGCCUAAGGUGGUGCCAUGAAGUAUGUAACAUGUCUGCCUACUUGUAGAAAAGCUUGUUAGAAAAAUCUUCAAGUAUGAUGUAGGAAAAACAGUAUUCGUCUUAAGCUUUAGUGUGGUUCUGCACAAGGAAAUGUCACCAGUCCUUCGUGAAGCCAAAUGAGUUAGUGCUAACAUAAUGCUAACAUAGUGCUAACAAAGCAUCUUCCUGAGGCAAGGGAGUUAACUGACGAUAAUAGUCCAGUUUCCACCCUUGCCAAACUUGGCUGGAAUUCCGGAGUUAUGUUUUGGCUGGACUAAAGAAUCUAUGCAUAGUCCAAUUAAAUUUGCGUAACAAAGUAGACAUUCGGUUUGUAAACCAAAUGGAUUUCAAUGUGGAUUUCGUCUGCUAGGCGUCGACUGAUAUUUUUCAAAUCUUUUCUUGUUUUUAAUCAAGGUAAUCACUCCCCGUUUUAUUUCAACAUAGAUCUUAAUUAUUGAUCAGAUCGUCUUGACUGGGUGCCGCCAUUUUGUUAAAGCAAAUGUGAUUUGAGAGGUGGAUUCUGAUUGGUCAGUAGGAGGGACAUAGAAGGGACAUAACUCAAAAUAGCCACCGGUGGCUACGAUCAAGCCUGGAAAUUCCGGCCUAGUUCAGGAAGGAUGGAAACUGGACUUUUAUAGUCAGUUAACUCCCUUGCCUCGGGAAGAUGCUAACAUUGAGGCCAGACAAGGCGUAGCAGCUCGUACACUGAUUAGGGCUUCCCUUUGUUGCGGAAUAUGAAAAUCUUAGUUUAAGAUGUAGUAAACAAAUAAGCCUAGGUUCCAUGUUGGCCCUCAGGUGAUACUCAAAUAAUGUUUGUCACGAUCUUGUUCAUGUGGGAAUAAAUCGUUUGCUAUGUCGUUGUCUCUUGGUACAUAGUAGUCAAUGCUUUUAGAGUAUAAUAUUUUUCUAUAAUCAUUUUUUGAAUAAUGGACUUCUGUAUAAUUCGAAACCAUAUUCUGCAUAAUACAUUUUAUAAUGUCAUUGUUUAAUCAAGAUGUCCUGCCAAGUGGAGCGUUAGUGAAAAGGACAGCCAGACUUGUUCAAUGGAUAGACAUCCAUUGUUAGUUUGUGAUGUAUCUAGCCUAAUCUAGGUAUCAGGUUUAUAUAACCUCUUUCUUUACAAUGUAUUGCAAAUCCAAUAUGAAUACACCUGAGGCAGUGACAUAAAUGUUUAUUUCUUAAGAUUUGCAAAUUCUUCACGGUCUUAUUACCAUAUUGAACUCAUGUACCAGUACAGCCAAGGCAUACAGAGUUAUCUCCCUUGGAAUGUGUACUGCGCGUAAUUGAUUUCUUGACAUGAAAUCAGUUGUGAGUUUGAGCUACAAUCUAUUCAGUAGCUGAGCUACAAUGUAUUCAGUGGCAGAGUUAUUGUAGAUAAGGUUAUAUUGUACAAUCUGUCCGUCUCAACAUGCUACAGGGUUGUUUGUUUUGAUCAGCUGUGUGAACUGAUUCGAAUAGUACAUUGUACAUAUUUGAUAUCCUGGUAGAAAGUGCUUUGUUUGAUACUCAUUAAAUUGUCACAAUACAAAAAAUGUCUGCCAUAACUGGAGACAUUUGUGUAUACAUGUAUACAAAAGUAUUUUGAAAAUUAUAUCACCGAGUAUUGUGAGACAGAUUUUACAUCCAAGCAAUAUAUUUAUUGCCGCCGUUGAGAGUAACUUAUAUGAAGUAUUUUAGAUGCUGAUGCUGUGAAGGGGAUAUUCUUCUCACAAGUAUUUGACCAUGUUGACGUAUGAUAUUUUUUUAUUAAAGACAUAAUAUUAUUAGGUGUUUAUCCGGUUUACGGUAAGACUUAUUCCAAUGAAAAAUCUAAACUGGUAAUAUCAAAUAAAUAAAGUUUCGUCUGUCUCAGCUAACGUGAACCGGGGAUGAGAAACCAAUGACGGUGAAAGUCGUAGAGGAGACAUGUUGUACUCACUGUGUAUCAUGAGAUGGGAUGUAUCGUGUAAAGGUCAUCACUUUCUCUGAGUUUAUGUUUCUGAAUGGAGUGUAUCAAGCACGACCAUGUUAAGCACGAAAGUUCGGAGCUCUACCAGCGUUAUAAAAUUCCUGAAGCAGUUGCAGUUCCAAUCAUAAAGUUUUAUGCCACAAAUCAACAUAUGGGCUCUGCAGUAAGUACAUCGAACGACGUUACUUUAUGUCAGAUUUUAAAAGACAUAUUUUUUCCCUGAGUCAAGAUUACUGUUAUUAUAUUUUCAAACUGAAAUUAAUAUAUAUAUAUAUAUAUAAACAGGUCUGAAAUGCUCCAAUUGAAUUCCAUGACAGGUUUGGAGAUUGACUCUGGAAAAGCUUAAAAGACCUAGAAACAAGAGGUCCUCUGACUAAUUGCAUUUUCUAAAAAUUUCGUAAGCGGGUAAGAAUUUGGAAGCUUUGAUCAGACAAAUUGUUGCUCUUGCCAAUAUGCAAAGGUGCAGAAUACAGCAGUACCAACGUUGUCAUGGUUGAUGUGAGGUUAAACUGUGCUAAGAACACUAAAGUGGAUGUAUAAUACAUACCAUGAGAAUUCAGAAUCUUAUUGUGGAAAUAUCUGUUAAAUUUAAAGCUAGUUGUUCUAAUGCCAACAGCAAACAUUAAACAACAAACAGUAAUGCAACAUCGUAGUUGAUUGACAUGUUGAACAUCGUAGAUGACUGACAUUAUUAUGUUGAACAACGAAGAUGACUGACAUUAUUAUGUUGAACAUCGUAGAUGACUGACAUUAUUAUGUUGAACAUCGUAGAUGGCUGACAUUAUUAUGUUGAACACCGUAGAUGACUGACAUUAUUAUGUUGAACAUUGUAGAUGACUGACAUUAUUAUGUUGAACAUCACAGUUGACUGACAUUAAGAUGUUGAACACCGUAGUUGACUGACAUGUUGAACAUCGUAGUUGACUGACAUUAUUAUGUUGAACAUCGUAGAUGACUGACAUUAUUAUGUUGAACAUCACAGUUGACUGACAUUAUGAUGUUGAACACCGUAGUUGACUGACAUGUUGAACAUCGUAGUUGACUGAUUUUAUUGUGCGAACAAAUGGGCCACUUGCAAUCUUACAGAACCUAAUGUGAUCCUUCUAUGACACCAUGUCAAGUGGUGCGUUGUUAUAUGAUUGACUGAGUCUAUAUUCUCAUGUUUUGUAUAUUUUCAAUGUUUUGAAUGAAACAAAUUAGUAUCACUACAUUCCAUUGAUGAGGGUUGUAAGCCAAACCUGCAGCCACCUCCCUCCCCCAAUCAUAAAAUAAAAUAGGUGUGGUUCCUAUAUCAGUUCAUCCAAAAGUAGAAAACUAAUCUAAGUCCUUUUAUUUGGGUUGUUUAAAGUUUGGUUUUCUUUCAAAAACUGUAACUUGCAGUCCGUCAUUAGAAGCCUGAUUGCACAUGGAGAUCGUGACUGGCUUGUCAGUUGUGGAACUGAUGUUAACCAUACGAACAAAACCGUGAUGCAUCAAAACCGGGAUCCAAUUAGGGUUGGAUGAAAAACUGGAAACACACAUUUUCUUUUUGCCUGAUAUAUGGCUGCCAUCCUUUGUUUUAUAAUGAUGCGUAGUCUUAAGUCCAGUGUAGAUUGAGGGCUAGACUGUAAAGUGUAUUUUGGGCAAAAAGGUCUAGUAGAGUUCGGCUUGGGACUGGUUGAUUCCCAGUGCACUGCUUAUGAAUAUCAAUAUGUAUGGUUUCAUUGUCUGUGUUAGUUACCACACAGAAACUAUCUAGUACUGAUCAAGUUUAAAUAAUCAUAUGAGUCAUGUGUCAAAAUAGCAUUGUCAGUCAGUACAGAGUGAUUAGAAAAGUGAAAAAAGAAACCUUUAUUAUUAAGAUACAGUAUUUCCUGCACUACUUACAGCUCAAGAGUGUAUUUGUCUGGGUGUGAAACAUUUGCUAGACUUUGUUACCAGGGUCUGAAAGUGCCAAAUCUGUAAACUUGUGAUUGAAAAGUGACAUGCAGAGCUGCAAAUAAGCGUAUUUGCGUAAAAUACCCCCUCAAAUAUUGAAAAACCCAAUUACUUUUAAUUAACUUGUGUACAGAAACGCAUGCAUUAAAUGAAAAAUUCAAAUGAAUAAAAACAGCAUGUGUAAAUACCCAAUGAAGCUUUUUCAGCAUGCGUACAAAGGAGCUAAUUUCCAAAACAAAAUUAUGAGCUAAUUUACUUUCUGGGUUAAGCCUAGAUGUUUAGAACAUGUUUAGUAUACAUCUAAAACAUGAUUUCAUUUUUUAAAAAUCUUAAAAUGUUCCCUAAUUUUGGAAAAAAACAAAACAAUGGAGUGAUGAAUAGAUGAGUGAAAUAUUGGUAAUGAAAAAUGUAAUAGCCCAAUUAAAAUAGAAACCCUAGGGUAAAAACUCAAUUGCUCAAAAAUUUAUCUGGAGCUCUGGAGAUGGUGUUUUAAAUAUAUAUAUGAUAUUAAUAAGUGAUAUGUCAGAUGUAAGGAGUGCUGUUAAUGAAGUGAUGGCUGAUCUGACAGUAAUCUCAGACAAAUCCCUCGAGGAAAUAAGGAAUGUGUCGACACAACUCACUUGUGUUUGUCUUGAUGCCUAUUGUCAUGUCAGCCAUUAUGAUAUGUGGCUCUGUAGGUUCAUGAAUUCUGGACCAAUCACUAGGCUCAGUACUCCUACAUUAUUGCAUAAUGCCAGUAAUGUAAUGAUAUAUAAUUCAGGGCACCGUUCCACAAAGCGAUCUUAGUGCUACGACUAUCAUGACCCAGUGUUAAAGUAUGGGAGUUACGAUCACCUUAGCACUAAGAUGUCUUUGUGGAACAGGGCCCAGGACUACAGUGUCGAUGUCGUGGAUACUUUCUGUCAUCUAUGAGGCUAGCCUCUGAUCUACAGUGUUUUACUGCUUAAUUUCCUUGCUAUAUGGUUGACAAGUCAUUCAAAUGUUUUGUCCGUGAUGUGGAGAUACAAUUACACUGUGACACUGAAAAAACAGCCUUUUUCUCUUGGUAUCCCAGAAGUUAUUCCUGAUACAGUUAAAGAUAGUAUUUACACUAACUGUGUGACAUCUUUCAAUACUUUCUCACGUGAAUUCGCUGUGAAUAGCUGCAAAAAUGCUGACUUGGCGUAAAGCCAUGUUCACCCCCCAUAGCAAAAUGACUACAGUGAGUGAGUAUGGUUUUGCGCCGCCUUUAGCAAUAUUCCAGCAAUAUCAUGGCAGGGGACACGAGGGUGGGAUUCACACAUUAUACCCAGGUGGGAAUUGAACUGGAUCUUCGGUGUGACGAGUGAACACUUUAACCAUUGCGCUACCCCACCGCACCAAAACCUGACUAGACAGUUGAGAUUUAGUGAGCUCCUAGGGUGGACAUGUGUGGCGGAGGACACUCUGUGUGUAGUAACCAUGGUAACCAUAUUAACUCUGCGGACAAAAUUUGAUUUAUUAUGUAACAUACAAUACCUAAUAUUGAGGGGAAAAAAAUCCAUUGUUCCAAAUCUAUAUGUUAAAGAUAAGAUUGAACCUGACUACAAUGAAGGUUUGAUGACUGGCUUCUAUUCAACUUCCCUGGUCACUGACCUGCUUCUGGGUUGGUUCAAAACUUGUGUCUCCCUUGUGGCUUUUUUUGUUGUCUAUUUCAUAGCCGAGGAACUUCAAGUGUCUGUCUGUCCAUUUGUCCGUCCAACUGUAGUCAACGAAUGGCUUGAAAUUGCCUGUGACACUUUGAUCAUGUCCAGUUCAACCAUUUAGUGUUGCCUGUGCCUCCGUGGCGUUUACACCUUUAGUGCUGCUAUUUGUAGUCAGUGUGCUUUCACAGUAGUCUAGAUACCUUACUUUUAGAUUUAGUCAGCAUUGUUUGAAUAUACAGUUUUAUUCCAAAUAUUUAAUAAAUAAUUUUCCAUCUAUAUUUUGUAGUGAUGUACAAGUAAUGUUUACAUUUUCUGUUCUUGCUUGGAUGUUGCACGUGCUUAUGGUGUUAUUGUUGUCACUAGAGGUGCUCCCACUUGAAUCACAGCAGUGUUCGCUUCUAGAGGAAUAGUCAGGCUUGAUGAUAUGGAUGAUAUGUGAGAGAAGAUCUGUAAUUUGGAAAUUGUGUUGAAAUAAAGUCACUAAUUUUAUUUAUAAAGUUACUAUUAAAGUUUA